CCCCAUGCUCCUCCUCCUCCUCCUUCCCCCUGUCAUCGCGGCGCCGGCACCGGGCUCUCCUCCCGCUUGCGCAUCGAUCGCGUCCCGCGGCGAUCGAUACCCGGCUCGGGUGAAGCCGCCCGGGAACGCGUCUUCCGGUCCAUGCUUUCCUUCGAGGAACUCUCGGAGAUGCUGUUCCUCGAUCGUCCGAUGUCGAAGCCUAGGGCUUAUACAGAUUUCCUUUUCCAUUCUCUAGCUCCUUUCAAGUUUAACGCCAGCUGCCAGUCGAUAGAAUUAGAGUCUUGCCGCGAUGAUUCGGUUGCCUUCACGCUCAAAUUCGUCGCCAUGGCAUCGAUUCUAGUGGCUGGCGUUUGUGGAAUUGCGAUUCCGCUGGUCGGGAAGCGCAGGAAGUUUCUCCGCACCGAUGGGAGCAUUUUUGUGGCAGCCAAGGCCUUUGCUGCUGGUGUAAUUCUUGCCACGGGAUUCGUCCACAUGCUGUCGGGUGGAACAUCAGCACUCUCAGAUCCGUGCUUGCCUGAAUACCCUUGGUCGAAAUUCCCAUUUGCUGGGUUCUUUGCCAUGAUGGCCUCCUUAGCAACCCUUCUUGUCGAUUUUGUGGGGACUCAGUAUUAUGAGAGAAAGCAGGGUUUGACUCAAACAAGUGAGGAACAAGGUCGAGUUGGAUCUGUGGAUACAAGUCUCGAGUCAGGUCUACUUGCAGUUGAGGGGAAGGUAUUUGGAGAAGAAGAAGGCGGUGGAAUGCACAUCGUGGGAAUGCAUGCGCAUGCAGCUCACCACAGACAUAACCAUUCUCAGGGACAGGGCGCAUGUGAUGGGAACCUGACGGAACCCUUACACUCUCAUGAUCAUGGUCAUGGGCACGGGCACUCACAUGGACUGGGGGAUGGAGAAGGGGAUGGUCAUGCCCGGCAUGUCGUCGUUUCUCAGGUUUUGGAGCUUGGAAUAGUGUCACACUCAGUAAUUAUCGGUAUAUCCCUCGGUGUUUCGCAGAGCCCAUGUACUAUAAGACCACUGAUAGCGGCACUUUCUUUUCAUCAGUUCUUUGAAGGAUUUGCACUCGGAGGUUGCAUUUCCCAAGCCCAAUUUAAAACUCUCCCGGCCACUAUUAUGGCCUGUUUCUUUGCCAUAACAACUCCUGCAGGGAUCGCUGCGGGAACCGCGAUCGCUUCAUCCUACAAUCCCUACAGCGUCGGAGCGCUGAUCACCGAAGGUAUAUUGGACUGCAUGUCAGCCGGCAUCUUGGUGUACAUGGCCUUGGUCGACCUGAUUGCUGCCGACUUUUUGAGUAAAAGGAUGAGCUGCAACUUUAGACUUCAAGUAGUGUCUUAUUUAAUGCUCUUUCUUGGUGCGGGAUUGAUGUCUUUACUUGCCAUCUGGGCUUGAUUUCAUUAAGAUUACUGCUAAUUAUUUUUUGCCCUCA